AUGGCAACAGCUACAGUAAACAGUAAUCUGGUGUUCGUUUAUGGUACAUUGAAAAGAGGACAACCUAAUUAUCCUCAGCUCAAUCCAGAAAAUGGAGUCUCUACAUUUAAAGGUUCAGCAAAAACAAUUAAUAAAUACCCAUUGGUGAUUGGUUCCAAAUACAACAUACCAUUCCUCUUACUGAAGCCAGACAGUGGCCAUAAUGUAGAAGGAGAAGUAUAUGAAGUAGAUAAGAAAAUGUUAGAUCAUUGUGAUGAUUUUGAAGGACAUCCUAACUUUUACCAGAGACUAGAAACACCAGUCCAAUUAAUUAAAAAUGAAAAUGAUGAAUUAUUGACUAAACCGAAUACUUUUAAUUGUUGGUGUUAUUUUCUCAAGACAUUUAAACCAGUGUUAUUAGAUUUACCAUAUCUAGAAAGUUAUUGUAGCAGUAAAGGCCAACCAUAUGUAGAAAGGUACGCAAGAGAUCAACAAGCUGGUUAUUUAGUGCAAAAUGAUGUAUCUUAA